AUGGACGCCUACGGUGGGAACGACGAGGAGAGCGCUGAGCUGCGGAAGCUGUUGGCAGAAGUAAACGAUGAUUCAGACAACUUCGAGGUCUGGGAGAAGCUAGUCCGCGCCGGUGAAAGCCUAGAAGGUGGAAUAAACAGAAACUCGAGCUCCCAGGCCAUCACGGCCGUGCGGAACAUCUAUGACCGCUUGCUUGGGAAAUUCCCUCUCUUCUUUGGCUACUGGAAGAAGUAUGCCGACCUCGAGUUCUCAAUAGCCGGCACCGAGGCUGCAGAUAUGAUCUAUGAACGUGGCAUUGCGAGUGUCACAAACUCCGUCGACUUGUGGACAAAUUACUGCUCCUUCAAGACCGAAACGAGCCACGACUCAGACGUGAUCCGAGAGCUUUUCGAAAGAGGCGCGGUAUGCGUCGGGCUCGACUUCCUGGCUCAUCCCUUCUGGGACAAGUACAUCGAAUUUGAGGAGCGCAUGGAUGCGCAUGAUCGAAUCUUCGCCAUCUUGACCAGAAUCAUCCACAUUCCUAUGCAUCAAUAUGCCAGAUACUUCGAAAAAUACCGACAGAUGGCUCAGUCACGCCCACUGACAGCCAUAGCACCUACCGGAACCCUUACUCAACUGCAAAUGGACCUUGAAAAUGAGGGCAUUGGUUACAAGGCUGGUCGCAGCCAACCCGAGGUCGAACGCGAGCUGCGAGUCCGCAUCGACAACUACCAUCUGGAAAUCUUCAGACGGACACAGACCGAGACUACCAAGCGCUGGACCUAUGAAUCAGAGAUUAAGCGUCCCUAUUUCCACGUCACAGACCUCGACGAUGCCCAGGUCGCGAACUGGCGGAAGUACCUUGAUUUCGAGGAAUCCGAGGGAGAUUACACCCGCAUCCAGUUCCUGUACGAAAGGUGCCUGGUCACCUGUGCGCAGCACGACGAAUUUUGGUUGAGAUAUGCCCGAUGGAUGUUGGCUCAGCAAGGCAAAGAAGAGGAAGUCCGAAACAUCUAUCAACGAGCAUCUUGUCUCUUUGUUCCGAUUGCCCUCCCGAUUACCAGGUUACAGUAUGCUUAUUUUGAGGAGAUGACAGGGCGUGUCGAUGUGGCGAAAGAUAUUCACGAAGCCAUUCUUGUGCAGUUGCCUAAUCACGUCGAAACCAUCGUGUCAUUGGCGAAUAUGACCCGCCGUCACUCCGGGCUUGAAGCUGCUGUCGCAGUCUACAAAGCUCACCUCGACGCUCCAACCACGGAUAACACCACCAAAGCGGCGCUCGUCGCCGAGUGGGCCAAGCUUUUGUGGAAGUCCAAGGGUUCAGCAGAAGAAGCUCGUGAAAUCUUUCAAAAGAACCAGAAUUGGUAUCUUGAAAGUGCUGCAUUCUGGUCGAGUUACCUCCGCUUCGAAAUCGAUCAGCCGAUCAGCAGUGGCAAUGAGCAGCAACAUCAUGAGCAGAUUCGGCGAGUCGUGGACGAGAUCCUCACCAAGACAGCGCUGCCAGAAGCGACGGUUCAGGACCUCGUUACUGCCUACAUGAGGCAUCUGCUCGAGCGAGGUACUAAAGAUGCCGCGAAGGAGUACAUGGCUCUUGAUCGGCAGAUCAACGGGUCAAUCUCAGUCCAGAAAAUGCCCAAGGCGAAUCCCGAUUCAAACAAAACAGUCGGACUAGUCAAUGGACAGCAACCUCCUCCAAUCCGAUACGCCUGA